GGGGCUGGGCCUUGGGGCUGCCGGAUGAAUGAGACUCAGCCUCUGCCCUGGGAGUGCAGAGACUCAAGACAGAUAUGACCAGGUGAAGAGACAACUGUAAGACAAGUGUGGUUGCCCUAGAAUUUGCAAUAUAUGUUUACAACUAACCCAAGUCCACUUUUAAAUUACACUAUACACCUUGCAGGCAGUGAAUUAGAGAAUAAAAUCCCAGCACGAUGUUCCUCACUGGAGACACCAGUUCAGCUGAGGACAAUAGAGCAGCCACCCUUCCUCAAUGUUCACUGCCAGAAUUAUAUGCAUGUAUUGUGAAUUUUAAUAAGGAGAGCAAGAAAUCACAUCUUCUACAAAUGCAUGGUAUUUCACUUAAUGAAGCACAGGAAGUACUUGCUAAAAACCUGAAUGUCAUGUCAUUCAGCAGGGGCACUGAUGUGAGAAGAGAUCUCCAACCUGUUUUCAGGAAAACAAUUCAUGGAUCUAAGGGAUCUGGAAUGGAGAUACUUUAAGGGGCUUGCGAAGUGGAGGCGUACUACAGCACUUUCAUUCACAAACGUAAAAUACAACACUGAGAAGAGAUUUACAGAGAGCCAGGGCAUGCCUGAUGUUAUUUUCCCCCCUAUAGUUCGCAAGUCUUUGGUCGUUUAUCCUCAAAUUGAUUAUCAAAAUGAAGGAAUUUCUUCUCUUAAAUUGAAUAUGUAGUGUAUGAAAAUAUUUUGGACAUAGAUUUUUGCUUUUGAGAGCAUUGAAUUUAUACACAAAAGUAAAGAAGCCAAGGACCCAACAGAACAUCUGAACUGAGUGUGUACAACACACAUGAAGGUGUACCGUAAAAUUAAGCCAUUAAUACAGAGCAAAAGGUCCGAUUUAAUCUGUUAAUGUGAGAAGUGGUUUGGACUGUGCAACCCAUUUGGACCAGCGCUAAAGCAAAUAUAAGUCAUGUGAAAAGAAAAGGUGUAACUGAAGAAUACCCAAGCAAGAAUAGCUUUUUAAGGAAUUUUAAGCACACAAGGAAGUUCAUCAUCAUAAAAGUAUUUGGUAAGUUCGACAAAUAAAUUAACCCGUGAGCAUAUAGAGAUCGACAUGAAAACUUAAAUAUAGUCUAUUAACUGUCCAAUGACAAAGAAGGAAACAGCAUCCAUGAAAUAAGAACAGAAAUAUUUGAAAAAGAACAAAUUGGAAAUCUUGGAAGUGAAAGAUACAGUCACUGAAAAUUAUAAUAAUAACCCUUGAUAAAUUAUCCCAGUGGUACCCUGGAUAUAUCUGAAGAGAGAGGGCUAACAAGUUGGAAGACAGGACCGACAAGCUUAUAGAUCAUAGCACAGUAAGACAGAAAAAGAAGAGUGUUGGAGGGUAGAAUGAGAAGUUCAGAAAUGCAUACAAUGGAAUUCACAGAAAAAAAUAGGAGAAUGGAAAGUAAGUGAUAUGGGAAAAUAAAAUGACAGAAAAUCUCAAGAAACACAGGAGACCUUGAACUGAAAAAUCACAGGCUGAUUAGCAAGAUAUUGAAAAUAAAUCUAUGCCCAGAAAUACUGUAGCAAAACUAUGGACCACUAAGCAAUAAAGGAAAAUGUAAUCUACAAAAGAGAGAUGGAUUACAUACAAAGAAACGACAAAUUGACAAUAGAACGCUCAUUAACAAUAGAGGUCAGAAGACAAUAGUGCCGUAUACUUACAAUGCUGAAGGAAAACAGCUGUCUGUAAUUCUGUAAGCAGCCAAACUCUCCCUGAGGAGUAGGGGUAAAAUAAAUACGUUAAAAAAUACAUGAGCCUAAAAAUGUUUACUAUCCAUAAUCCCUUUCUUAAAAAACUACUAAUAAAGUACAUAUUUUAGUAAGAACCUGGAGGGAAUGCAAGAAAUAAUGGCACGCAAAUUGUUAACAAUAUAUGUAUGAAUGACUGUGUAGAUAUUAAAAUAUAUUUCC